AUGAAGCACCUCGCCGCUUACCUUCUUCUUACCCUCGGCGGUAACGAGUCCCCCUCCGCCAAGGACAUCAGCAGCGUUCUCUCCGCCGUCGGUAUCGAGGCCGAUGAGGAGCGCACCAAGACCCUCCUCUCCGAGCUCAAGGGCAAGGACAUCAACGAGCUGAUCUCUGAGGGCUCCAGCAAGCUCGCCUCUGUCCCCUCUGGUGGCUCUGGCGGUGCUGCUGCCGCUGGCGGUGCCGCUGCCGGCGGUGCUGCCGACGCUCCCGCUGCCGAGGAGAAGGAGGAGGAGAAGGAGGAGUCCGACGAGGACAUGGGUUUCGGUCUGUUCGACUAA